UUCUGCGAUCACUUUCUAAACAGUUCCUGCGCUAGGAUGGACAGACCUGUCUCCAGUUACUGGGUUAUGUAUAUUGGCAUGCUGGGAGCUAUAAUCCUUACAAUUGUGGGAAACCUCAUGGUGAUCAUUUCCGUUUCUCAUUUCACACAGCUCCAUACUCCGACCAACUUCCUCAUCUUGUCCUUGGCCAUUGCGGAUUUCCUUGUUGGACUGAUGAUCAUGCCAUUCAGCAUGGUGAGAUCCGUCACCUCAUGCUGGAAUUUUGGGGACAUAUAUUGCAAGCUGCACAGCUGUUUUGAUAUGAUGUUGUGUACGAGUUCCAUAUAUCAUCUUUUCUUUAUUUCCAUUGACCGUUACUACGCAAUAUGUCACCCACUUCACUAUUAUGGGAAAAUAACAGUUCCAGUGGUACAGGUGUGUGUGUUUGUAAGCUGGUCCGGGCCCUGUAUGUAUUCAUUUGGGCUUAUCCUGUCUAAUAUACAUAUAGAAGGAAUACAGCACUAUGUUGCCAUACUGUCUUGCACUGGUUCUUGUAUCCUUGUGUUAAACAGACUUUGGGGAACAAUUUCUUCAUUAAUAUGUUUUUUUAUUCCUGGAGUUCUAAUGAUAGGCAUUUAUGUUCAGAUUUUUGCCAUUGCAAGAAAACAAGCUAAGGCCUUAUCUAAUCACACAAACCCUCUGGGGAAAGAAGCCACCAGUAGAGGAACAUAUAUGAAGGUAGAAAGCAAGGCAGCGAGGACACUAAGUUUAGUUAUAGGAGCAUUUAUACUGUGUUGGUUGCCAUUUUUUGCUGUUACUGUCAUUGACCCUUAUGUCAAUUUCUCUACAUCUGAUGAUGCUUACAAUGCUGUUCUAUGGCUAGGGUAUUUUAAUUCCACUCUUAAUCCGAUUAUAUAUGCUUUGUUUUAUCCAUGGUUUAAAAAAACAUUUGUAUGCAUUAUAAGAGGCAGUAUAUUCAAUCUGGGUUCUUCUUCUCUGAUGACGAGUGUAUAA